AUGCUUGGUGUGCUUCCUGUGCUUGCUGCUGUUACUGUUGCUCCUUUGUUUGCUGCUACUGCUCCUAUUGACCAACGCAGCCACCACCACAACCAGGACAAGCGCGGCGACGAGCGCUCCAACCGCCGCAACAACCACCCCAACCACCAGGACAAGCCCGGCGACGAGCGCUCCAACCGCCGCAACAACCACCCCAACCACCACGACCACAACUACAACUACCACGACCACUACAACAACUACCACAUCUACCACGACAACAACCACCACUACAACUACCACGACAACUACUACAACUUCCACGACCACUACAACAACUACAUCUACCACGACAACAACCACCACAACAACCACAACAACCACCCCAACCCCCACGACAAGCACGCCGACGAGCGCUCCAACCGCCGAAACAACCACCCCAACCACCACGACAAGCACGGCGACGAGCGCUCCAACCGCCGCAACAACCACCCCAACCACCACGACCACAACUACAACUACCACGACCACUACAACAACUACCACAACUACUACCACCACCACAACGACAACAACUACAACUACCACGACCACUACAACAACUACAUCUACCACGACAACAACCACCACAACAACCACAACAACCACCCCAACCCCCACGACAAGCACGGCGACGAGCGCUCCAACCGCCGCAACAACCACCCCAACCACCAGGACAAGCCCGGCGACGAGCGCUCCAAUCGCCGCAACAACCACCCCAACCACCACGACCACAACUACAACUACGACGACCACUACAACAACUACCACAUCUACCACGACAGCAACAACCACAACAACCACCACAGCAACAACCACAACAACCACCACAACCACCACAACAACUACAACUACCACGACCACUACAACAACUACCACAUCUACCACGACAACAACCACAACAACCACGACAACAACUACAACUACCACGACCACUACAACAACUACCACAUCUACCACGACAACAACCACAACAACUACCACAACAACCACUACCACAACAACCACCACCACAACUACUACGACCACUACAACAACUACCACAUCUACCACGACAACAACCACAACAACCACCACCACAACUACUACGACUACCACUACAACAACUACCACAUCUACCACGACAACAACCACAACAACCACCACCACAACUACUACGACUACCACUACAACAACUACUACAUCUACCACAACAACCUCCACAACAACCACCACAACUACUACGACAACGACGACAACUACCCCAAAACCAACGCCGAGGAGACCAACAACCGUACAUACGAUCACAACUACAAGGGGAACAGCCGUUUUAUAAGUGACUACGCCACGCCAGCCUUCGAAGCGAAGGUCACAGAGGUCGGGAAGCAGGGCGUGCCACACCUCGGCAUUCUGAACAUGCUCAACGACACCACGACCAACGCGACGUUCGAACAGGCUCUGCGGAUGUUGCAGAAGUUCGACGAGUACGCGGCGUCGACGGCAACGCCGACACUGUCCCCCAUCAUCGCGUUGGGCGUCAGCGUGGAUGUGCCCAAAGUAUUCACAUGGCACAUGCACAGAAUGAGGAGGAUAUAUCUGCCUAACCUGAUUGUGGCCCUGUCGCACUUCUCGUACCGCGAUGCCGGCCGCCCGGACUGCCAGACAAUGCCGCCCAGCGUAUUGCGCCAUCCUAACCACGUCAGCUUGCUCUACGGACACACGCUGGGCCAGUCAGUGAGUCAGCUCAAGCAGCUGCUCUUCAACCAGCUCAACACGGCGAGGACCGUCUCUGUGACAUUGAAAGGCCGCUGGUACCAGCCAAAGUACCCCGACGUGUUGAGUGAUGACAUCGGAAACUUUACGUUCUACCAGAGCUGCACAAAUUUCACAGAGGACCAGGACGUCGCGCCCGCUCUUAUUUGCGACAUGGACUUACCCACAAUAGAGAAGAACUACAAAUACGACAGGGACGCCCGAGCUGGCAUCUCGUUCGACAAGGCCACCCUACGCACCCUUACGCUGGAAACUGAGAAGAGCCUUAAAGAAAAGCUCUGCGAAUUGAAGAGGAAUAAUGUGGACACCGAUUUCAGUCUUGCUGUGUACGACAUCGAUUUCGACGCCCCUGAUGUGCUUUGUUCCACCCUGACCAUCCGCGGUUCAUACCGGCGCCUGAAGAUGGUCCACAAGCUACGAAAUUUCUUCAGGGAUCGCUUCCGGCAAAAAGCACAAUUCCAACAAUGCAAAAACUUAAGAGUCUGACUGAGACGUCAUGGGGCGAAACGAUGCGUCACAAUGUUCCACCCAUUGCAUAUCGAGAGACGCACGUGGGACUUAUGUUUUAAGGCGCCAUAUAUAGUUUUCUGCGCUGUUGCCAAUGUCUAGCCUUUAAGUGUUACAAGCACUACAUUUGUCAUAGGACUCUUGAUUAUUUGCUAUAAAACUGUUAUGAUUGUUAUUUUAUAAAUUUCUCUUUUCUUCUCA